AUGGCCAGGGAGAGGCCACCCGGCCGGGGCCGCGGCAUCCUGCGCCGGUGGCUGCUCGGCGCCGCGCUGCUGCUGCUGCUGCUGGGCCUGCGGCUCUGCCUGGAGCUGCGCCGCGCGGGGUCGGGACCCCCAGCCCGCAGCGCCCCACCGGGCCCGGCUCCCCGGCCUCCGGGGCCGCACCUGCUGCCCCCGCUGGGCCCGCCGCGGGGUGCCAGCAGGAGGCAGGUGACCUACGUGCGCAGUGGGCGCCGAGUGCCCCCCGCGCCCACGCCCGGCUGCUGCGCCCCGCGCGGGCGCCCCCGCACGAAGGGAUCCCGGUGGCACAUAGAGCUCCAGCCAUGGGCAGGCCCUGCUCAGUCCCUAGAAGAGGAGGCCUCGAGGUUCCUGAGAUACAUCAACACCAUGCAGAUUGUAUGUGAUCACAUGGGUGCAGACUCCAGCCUUGCCAAGAAGCCCUGGUUGGUGUGUCUUGAUGACAGGUUUGGCUUAGCUCAUCAAAUCCGCAACAAGCAGUGCCGCCUCUAUUCUCUAGGGCUGGGAAGUGAUGAUACUCAUUUUGAAGCAAGUAUGGCCAAUAAUGGAUGUGAAGUACACCAUUUUGAUCCUAGUGUGAAAUCAGCUCACAUUCUGGAGAGCCAGCGCCUUUGGCAUCACAGACUGUCCAUUGAUUGGCGUGAUCCCCAUCCAGCUGUUGCUGCCCAAAAGACACAUAGCAACACCAGAAAACUGAGAAGCAUCUUGGAUGAAUUUGGGCAUCACAAGAUUGAUGUUCUCAAGGCAGAUCUGGAAAGUGCAGAAUGGAAAGUGUUGGAGAAUCUUAUUUUGGAAGAUGUCCUUGAUCAGAUUGGACAGCUCAUCUUUGAGAUCCACCUCCACUGGCCUGGCUUUGAGGUCAGCGGCAAUGACAGCAGUGUGGUGCGGUUCUGGUACAGCCUCUUCAAAGAGUUAGAGUGGAAGGAUUUCAGGCUUUUUCACAGUUAUAAAGAUUUGUCUAAACCACAGCUCUUCUUGAAGAAAGACAUUUUCAAUGCUAGUAGCUGUUACACUCUAAGCUGGGUGAACACGAGAUGGAAAUAGAAGCAGGACCUCAUCAAGGACAUGUUUGCAGAGGGAUCUUUCCAUUCUCCUGGCUACAAGUUCACUCCUCCCUCUAGCUAGCUGUCUAAUCCUUGCUCAAGCAGGGAUUGUGGUGUUGUCUUUACAGUGCAUAUAGCCUGGUGCUCAAUGUGUGAGAGGUGUUUAGUUAAUACUGGUGGAAGGGACAAACAUGGAUACCCCCAUUUAUCCAGACUUGGUUCUGUUGUCUUUGAUAGAAUGUGGGGGAUGUAUAUAAUUUUUCCUUAUAAACCCAUUAUGUCUCUAUAGUCUGUGAAUUCACCAAUGCUGAAAUUAUAUAAAUAAUCCACUUUUACUAGUUUGAUGAGAUUCUUAAGUUCAUUGUUCACUGUUCAAAAUUGGGGCUUUCAUUUGACUUUAGCUCACUUCUUUCCAGAUUUUGCUCGUUCAUCUUAGAAAUAUGCUUUUCAACCUUGUGAAUUUCAGUCAGUCCUUCUCAGUCCUUGCUGACACCACACUGUGGCUUCAUAAAAACUAUUGCUUCUGGUUUCUGGAAACUCAGAUCCCAUAUUCUGUCCUGAACUUAAAAGGGACUAUGAAGAGCUUCAAGAUUCUUUCUGUACCCAGCUUUAAAUCCCUUUCAUUUCCAGUGAAACUAAGCACAAAGCAGGAUCUGAGAGUCAUCACUUUCGCAUUCCCUCUGCUUCAGCCUCAGCAGAACAUGUAGGUUGUCAAGAAUCAAAUUAUUUCUAUCAGUUCUGUUUA